AUGUCUCCGAGCUUCUGGGACGACGUGAUGGCUCUCAUCCAGCAAGGUUCCUCCACAGCUCGGGAGAGUAUUCCACGACCAAGCACAACCCUACUGUCGCUUUCAAAGUUCCCAGAAUAUCUUCAUCAGCCGCGCUCUCAUCACCUCGAGAUUCUUGAAGCAUAUAUGAGACUCCAAGCAGACGCACAGAACAUCUAUCCGUAUCUAGACCAGCUCGUGGUGCCAGCUGCCCCUUCCUCCCCGGUCAUUGGUCAACGACCGCGUCAUCGAGCAGCAUACACCGUGAUCGUUGCUUUAGCACUUCUUUUAAACACUAUUCUUCGUGCACUGGAUUCAGAAAACGUCAUGCUCACCCACGAGUCGACAGUAUUUUGCGAGAGAAUCAUCAACGAGGCUGAGGCGGCUUCCAGUUAUCGUCCGCUGGGUGCUGCUUAUGUUGUGCCAUGUCUGGUCGUGGCAUUGGGUACUGCAGACGAUCCAGGGCAGCUGGCUCGCAUCAAGGCCACAUUGACCGAAUAUGAGACUGACUUCCAGGGAUUUGAAUGGAGGGAACUUGCUUCGUGGCUCAGGGCUGUAUUUCGCAGCCACCGUGCACGCGAGCCCCUGAUAUCCAGCAAUGUAGAUGCAUUAGCUUUCGAGGCUCAGGGAGCUUGUAUGACGCAACUGCAAGCUAUAUUCGGACUGUCUUUCUAUUCAGACUGUAGUAAAAUCGAAUCCCUCUGA